CGCGCGACGUUUUGACGCUGAGAAAACGUCCAAUGCGUUUCGCCCUUUACGCGUACGAAGCGUUCCGCUGCCCCUUUGGUGUUACUCAGCGAAGAAAGAAGCACCCAGUGUAUGACACGUUUCCUGUUCUUAGAGCUUCGUUUUGGACUGUGAAAUGUCUCCCAAAAGCUACCUUUUGGGACACUCUGAAGCUCUCGACUGGCGUCCCGUGCUAUUCGUAAAUCUCCCGUCAACGAUAUCGUGUGACUUGUGCGCCGUCAUUCCCGAAAAGAUCCUCAGGCUCGAAUGUUACCAUUCACUUUGUGAGGGAUGUUACCAUGGCAGCAACGCAGUCGGAGCAGCCAACGCUGUCCGCUCGACAAGCAAGGCUUUCUUGAAAGUGAAGUGGUAAUUUCACCAGUUAGAACGACGCCUCUUCAGAAGUUAGAAGUUCAGUGUUGCAACUCCAACCAUGGAUGUAGUUUCGUCGGAUCGCUGGAACGAAUGAAGUCUCACUUCUUGAAGGACUGUGAGUUUCACGUAUUAGCUUGUAAGAAGUGUUGUGCCACGGUGCUCCGUAAAGACAUAAUCACCCAUUACGUAGAAGAACAGUGCGGGGCUCAAAAUACUUUGUGUCCGAGUGAAGAUGUUUGUAUUGACAGGAGCGUCGUCGGGAUUGGAAGAGAGAUCAACGCCUCAUUGACAGAUAUAGCCGAUAAGCUCCGUGCCAUAGAAGACCAUCUAAACAGCCAUACUGUGGGCAUCGACGCCACGAAAGAGUGUGUUAUAAAUAAUGCGGGAGCACUGCGCACACUUCAAGAGGGACAAAGCGUCUCGUCUGUGACGAUGUCCAACGUUAUCACUGGCAUGCGUAAAGUUACGGAAGCAUUGUCUUCGAUUGAAGGUCAACGUAGCAACGCAGACGACGUGAAGAACCGCGUCAUUGCGUUCGGGAAGAUGCUAUCUACUAUUGCGGGAUUGCAAAAAGAUGUGGCUAAGAACGUAGUUAACUCGGAUGAUCGCUGGAAGCAAUGCGCUAGGACACUUGAAGCGAUGUCGAAACGCAUACAAGAUCUUUCGUCGUCAACCGAGGACCAGUUUAGUUGCAUGAAAGAGAUCAUCCGUGCUCCACGGGCCACCAUUGGACGUGGAACGAAUGUUGCUUUCUUUCACGUGCAAGACGUCGGCGAACAAAGGAACAAAGCAAUCGAGGAAGGGGUUGCCUGCACCCACUCUGAUGUUUUUGUGCUGUGUGGCUAUUCUGUACAGUUAGUUGCAAAGUUCGCCACAUAUGACGGUACCGUGAACAUAGGUAUCUUCCUACGUAUUUGUCGUGGCUCCAAAGACUCCCUUUUGAAAUGGCCCUUCUUGUUCUCCUACAAGCUCAUCUUGGUUCACCCCAUUGCCGACAAAAAGAACAUUGAGUAUAUUAUUGAUGUGCGAGAUAGGUUUUCUAAGUUCCCUCAAUAUUUCAAUAGACCCGCGAAAAGUUCAAAUAUGGACUUCGGCCAGUCUGGGUUGUGCAGAUUUGGAGAUGCACUGAAUGGUGGCUUUGUGCACGAGAACUCGAUUACCGUUGGUGUUAGCCUUGUCCAGAGUCGUGAGUAGUAUAUGAUUGAAGCUAUGAGACCAACGUACCAGUCUGUAUGGCUAUUAGCCGCCUUACAGUCACUGCACAAACUUCGCAACCUGAUGCAGAUGUGUCCGCAUUAAAUACCUGUAUUCAUGCAUGUAAACUGUAGUCAGAAUUCUCUAAUAAAUAGGGAAAUGUUUUUCUUUUUUUAAAACUCAA